AUGCCUGAGGAGAAGAGCACACACGCCCGAGUCAAAACACUUCCGGACGUUUUUUCUUUCUUUGCGAGGCCUGUGCAGCACAAGCAUUUUCAUCUUUCUUCUCUUGUAGGCCGAUACGUCACUGACGACGGUCAACAACGGCGCGUCAUUUUCGCUCCGUGGGACUGCCGAGGGCUACAGAGAGGGGUUCAAAAAAUCAUCACAUUUAUUCAAAAUGAACUGAAGAACGGGUCCUAGAAGGUUUCCCUCUAGGGACCAUCUAACUUACUUAUUAUUCAGGCACUCCUAAUGGGCUGAGGGAAGGUGAGCGAGGCGUUUGUGAAUUUACAAAAAAAAAGUAAGUGCGCGCUCCGGAUAAAAUGACGUCAUAACUACACUGAGUAUUAAACGUUAAUAACUUGUUUGUUCGAUCGCCUUUGGCUGCGUAAUUGAGAUUUAAAUUUUCGCGCCAAAUUUUUUUUUGACGUCUCCUUACCCUGUUUGGGAACGCCGUGAAAACACUGGUGGUCCCUAGAGGUACAGAUAUAUGAUUUCAAGGUUUCAAGCCCCGAAGUUAAAGAUGAAGCUCAAAAAUUGAGCUGAUAAAGUAGUUUUUUUGAAGCUUUCUGAGCCGAAAUCAAUUUCUUUAUGAAACCUAGAGUGUUCCCUAGAGGGGCAGCCUUAGCUCUCUUGAAGAUUUCCCUCUAGGAACCACCUAACUUACUCCUAUAGCUGAAGCUUACAGAAGGGACCACUAUAGGGGAGCGUGUUGGUGAUCCCAAAAGGAAAAAGGAAUCUGAUUUUAAGGUUUCAAGCCUUGAAAUGAAGGAUGAAGCUCGAAAAUUGAGCUGGUAAAAUAGAUUUUUUGAUACUUUUUGAGAGUGUUUCCUAGGAGGACAACCUUAGGGUCCUUGAGGUUUCCUCCUCAUUUCCUCUUAUGGGAAAAACUAAAGCUAGCUAAAGAGGCUACUUCUGGGAUUUUAGGUAGUGGACCUCCUGGGCCCGCAAAACCUUUGACCUUUUGGAUUCAAAGACUGGUAAUUUAUCGAUUUUUUCAAAUGGAAAUGCUUGUUUCUAUUUUUAAAUCGAUUUCUCAUCUGAUCUUUAGUAAAAAAGUGUUUUUGCCCAAACUAGUAAGCAAAAUACAUUUCAAGGUUUGAAACCUUGAAAUCAUAUAUCUGUACCUCUAGGGACCACCAGUGUUUUCACGGCGUUCCCAAACAGGGUAAGGAGACGUCAAAAAAAAAUUUGGCGCGAAAAUUUAAAUCUCAAUUACGCAGCCAAAGGCGAUCGAACAAACAAGUUAUUAACGUUUAAUACUCAGUGUAGUUAUGACGUCAUUUUAUCCGGAGCGCGCACUUACUUUUUUUUUGUAAAUUCACAAACGCCUCGCUCACCUUCCCUCAGCCCAUUAGGAGUGCCUGAAUAAUAAGUAAGUUAGAUGGUCCCUAGAGGGAAACCUUCUGAGGGGCAGCAGUAAACUGUUCCUGAACGCCACCUGGGGUAAUUUACAUUGAAAAAAACUUUCAUUUUCCGAAAAUUUUCAGGCAAAUUCGGGGAGAACCCCGGUCACACGCGGACGAAGAUCUUUCUGACGAGUGACUGGCCCGAUUGAACUAACAUACCUCAUGGAUGACUCCCGGGCCCAAUUCAUUGAAAAUCACCAUUUUAUGUCGUUUAAUUGUGUACUUUUUGUAUCUUCGUAAAAAGUUUGAUAAAAUGUUUAUUUACACAUUUUUUUCGAAUAAUAGACUCCAUAAUUCUUCUUCUUCUUCCUACGCCUUUGUACCGCUUGAGCGGUGUCGGCGCCCCAAGUCGAUUAGCCGAGGUCCUAUCCUGAUAUCAGUGGACUGGCUCGAGUGACAUAUCCGUCCUUGUGUGUGACGGCUGGGGAUUUUGAAGUCGUGGUUUCCCACUACCAACAUUUCUUAAACCCCUUGGUCGGGGCGGGGAUCGAACUUUUGACCCUGUGGGCCGUAGACAGGCCCACAACCUGUUGCGCUACGGCGCGCCCCAAUAGACUCCAUAAUUGAUUUUGGAAAAUGGUCAAGCGAUAGAAUUCGGCAUAAAAAACACAGUAAAGUCCUGGGAAAGAAACAGCGUAGAAGACUUAUUCCAAUACUCAUGCUAACUCGAGAAAAUACUUUAAAUACCGGGAGUUGAAAUGAACUCCAGAAAGUUUCACAAGUGAGCUUUUUCGAAAAAGCUUGAUCUUAUCACCGACGUGUAAGUUAUCGUUGUUCCCAGCUCGUCAGGCUCAUUUCUUCACCAUGAUCCGACUCCUGCCUCUGGUAUUGUCUCUUUCUGGAUCCCUAGCCUCUGGUUUGCUUCCGAGUUUUUUUGGUGGUUAUUGAAGUCGGCAAUAUUUUAGAGUUAGUUUUUAGCAUUUUUCAAAAAAUUCUUAUGAAUGAAAAAGAAUGUAGGCAUAAAUAUCCCCAGUAUGAGAAUUCCAUAAAACUUUUAUAAGAUCUGCUCCAGAUCCCUUUGAUUUCAAAAUAGGCGGAAACUUCACGUUUUUUUUUUUGACGCUUCAAAGUUCACCUGAAAUAGAAAAAGCGGACUUUUCUGGUUUCAAAAGCUCGAAUAUGAUCCCUUGUAAAACCGAAUGAAACAGAAAAAAACAAUUGUUAUUUUAAGGUUCGACUGAACCUUGCGAAUUGAAAUUUAUCGGAGAUCAAAGGCAUGUGAUCGCCAAGAAAAACCCGUACGCCGCAUGCAGGUGAGUGGACUCAACCCUUCUUAUAUUUAAAAUCUUCUUUCUUGGUUUUGUAACUCCAUGAAAAAACUAAAAAAAAAUAUAACUUCAGCAAGCAAAAAAUGAUUUAUGAAAGCGUUUAGGCCAAUAUUCUCGAUCGAAACUUAGAGACUCCUACCAAUCUAUUUCAAAUAGGCAAUUUUUACAGGAACGUCAGCUCACUAGUUUUCCAAAACACGGACCUCACCAAUGAUGAAGUUCUAGAUAUACUUAAGAAUGUGGAUUGGAUCGUGAAAGGAUCCAAAAAACAAAGUACAGUCAGAUGUCCAAAACUUCUUGAGGCUAGAUUUUCCAGUUGAAAUCGUUUUCACCGGCAAUCGGAACAUCGGCGGAAGGUUAUUCCAGUAUCUCUUGAACGACGUAAAAAUGGGUGGUGGUCCGGUCAGCCUUUUUAUUUGGUUUUCGGGAUUUUUUUCAAGAUCUCACUUUUUUGGAAGAUGAUAAAAAAAACUAGAUAUUAAUUAAUUCAGGUAUUCCUCAAUAUCUCGGACGAAUUCAACUUUUGCAUGAAAUUGAGGGGUUCAGGUGAGAAAUAUUCGAAUUUGAAGUUCUUGAUAAAUACAGAAGCGAAACAAACAGGGAAAAUGGAAGAUGUCGUCAAAUAUGACGUUUUCAGGGCAUACACUCUGGCGCUAAUCCACAUACCGCCAAGCGCUUUAAAUUUUUUUUCGGAAUUCGCAAGCAAAAAGUGUUAUCUAUCCUUUUUGAGACAUCAAACUUGACUACAUCCUUGCUGAUGUCAAUGAAAAAAAAAAAAAAAUAAUUUUUUUAGAUAGCUCCGAGGAUAAUUCUUUUUAUGGGGUCGCGCCACGUAUCUGCGAUCAACAUUUUGGUUCGAAAAUGUUAUAAUAUGUGCUUGAUUUAUAAGAUUUAGGGGCGAGAUCGGGAGUUCGUCUUCCUGAACUGAAAUACUUUUAUCGGCUCCCAUGAAAAAGUUGGUCACUUUAACAGGGAUAAGUAUAUAAAGACUAUAUCAAAAAUUUUUUUUUGAAUCUUUGAAACCGGGUAAAAAAAUUUAAAAAAAGAAAAAGACUCCUAUCUAUGGUGAAGAUCGAAUUUAACAAAUGCAAGUAUCGGCCUAAUUUUACAAGAAAUCUAGGGCUAAGUUUCGUAGACUUCAUCGAAUUUUUGCUAUUUAAUAAACUUCGUGAAUCUCAAAAAAAAAUCUGGAUAACUUUUCAAAGCGAUCUAUAGAAAAGCAUUUCAAAGUUAAUGUUUACAAAAAAACUUCCUGUCCGGAAAAGAAAAAAAUUUAGAUUUUUUCAUUACAACAAAUCGUUUAUUUUCUUGCUCCAUACCGAUUAAACUCCAAAUCUCAUUGAAACGGAAAAAACUCUUUUGUGUCAUUCCAGAAACGUCAAGGACAUCAAAAUUGACGGUUCCAAUUUCUGGAAAGAAAAGCCGCCCACUUUUUUCGACAAUAUUGAGAAAAUCAGCACUCAGAGUUCGUUGGUUGCAUUUAUUCACAGAGAAUUUUUUUUGAUUUUUCUGUCAUAACUUGAUUUUUUGUGUUAGCGCAAGUGUUCCAGAAGCUCAGGAUUCCCUAGAUGCCAGUGUUUCAUUCACAGCGAAACAGGAAUCUGUCACCUUCAAUCGCGGAUCUUUUCGAUGUUACCGCUCUUUCAAGAGUCUGAAGGAGAUUUGGAUAGGAGAGGUAUUUUUAUAAAUGGAAGGAAAAAUAAUCAGGCAAAUUCAAGUUGCGAACAAGUGUGAAAUUCAAAAGUACCAAGUGAGAAGUUUUUUAAAAACCUUUUAAGCUCUUGGGGAAGCCCUGAAGAAAUACAAACGGUGAUGAUAAAAAAAUAAAUUUUUUUAUAUCCUUCAAAGACCUUACUAGUGUCUUUCCUUGACUGCCAAUUGGGAAAAAGCCCUUAGAAGAGAAAAAGUUCAAAACUUUUUGCAACUGUUAAGCGACUUUAGAAGAAAACUUUCCUUCUGUCAAAAUCUUCAAAAGUUGACUCGGGCUUUUAUUCGAUUCAGGCUGAGCAACUCAAUAUCGACGACGAAGUCGAUUGCUGCAUGGACAAGCAGGACCUUCAGAAGUUUCUCGGAGCCGUACGAUACCUCCACUCAACGGCUCGACGGAAACUUGAUCAAAAAUGCGGUUGGUUUAAACGGAGAAAUGGAUAUGAUGAUGAAGGAGAUAGUCAAAGUUGUCGCUUUAUUUUUGUUAGUCAGUUUUAGUAAACUCAAAUUUUCUAAAAAGGAAAGUUUAAAAAGUGUAAAGCCAAAGAUCGAUGAAAAUUUUCGUGGAAUUUUGGAGAGUCAAGGUCGCAUUUGGAAUGGCUCAGCGGCCCUUUAGCCUUUCUUGACGUGGACUGGAAAAGAGCUGAAGUGGUUCCUAUAGGAAAAACUCCUCCCCCCAGUACAGAUAUACUGAAGAAUUUUUCAGGACUCCUACAAAGGAUUCUUCAAUUUCCUCUUUUCAGGAGGUCCUAAUCUAUAGGGCUCCCUCAAUCUCAAACUCAAACCCUUUAGUAUCCACUUCAGCUUCUCCCCAGAAUAGAACUGUUUUCAGGGUGAUAAUCCUCUGAUAAUUGAUAUAAAAUAGGUUGGUCAAAACGAGGUCCGAGAAACUACUCUUUUGAAGUCCACCAUGGAGUUUUAGACAUUGAACCGACGGAUAACUUGACAAGGUUCCUCGAAAAAAAAAAUUGGUAAAACGGCAAAUAUUUCAGUGUCGGCCAAGUGAAAUACAUUUUGGAUGGAUACUUGGAUCUGAGCAAAAGUGAGUGGAGGAUUUUUUGAGAUUCUUCAAAAAACUGCUAGAAACUUUUUGAAGACGAAAACGUGACAAGCUGGCAUUUUCCUAUAGAAGACUGAGAUAAAUUUUUCAAUGUUUAUCGCGCGCCGACACGUUUUCUUUUGCGCGAAAAAGCUUCGAAAAAAAAUGUUUCGAAUAGUUCUUUGCAGUUUUUUUAAACCUUUUUUCUACAAAAAUGUGACAAUCAUUAGUUUUUCCUUCAGAUCUGACUGUGCGACACGUGGCAUUUCUGGCCUUUGUCAAAGAAAUUCGAUGCAAUUCCAAAAAUACUGGUGAGCUUCUGAUGAGACUUCCUCACAGAAAAUGCUUGCAGCCAUCGUUUUGGGAAAUAUCGACAUCAGAGAAUUUGAUCUACCCAGUCUCAAGUACAUCAGAGACUGCAAAAGGAUCUUCAAGUACACUGGUCGUUUGACCAGCAAUGAGGGGACCCGUUUUUCGGUUCCAAAAAAGUUACAAGUAUGGGGAUAAGGGAUUUUUUGGAGAAACUGUUGUUUUUAAAGACGCUCCUGAGGAAAAACAUCAAGUCCUACGUCGAGUUCCCAUCGAAAAGUUCGUUUUUCUAGAACCCAAAAAUUUCUUUGAAAACUUCUGAAAAUCUUGCUUUUUCAGAACCAUCUAUAAUCAUUUGAAAAAACUACAGAACUUUUGGAAAUUCAGAUCCAUUUUCAGUUUUCUUUGAAAAAUCGCAAGAUUCGGAAAGCUAGAAUAAAAAACACCUAUAAAACUACUCGAUGAAAUACAACUCCCAAACUUUGGAAAUAGUGUAUUUCAGUUUGCAAAUCAAACAUCAAGAUGUGGAAUUCGAUGAGGUCGAUUGUGAUCAACUUCCGCGGAUGUACUGUAAUCGAAGGCGACGUCGUCAUCAGCGGCGACUUUUUCAAUUGGAACGAGCGAAGAAUUGGGGUUCUGACAGAACUUAUGUCUACGGUUCGAUUAUCAAAUGAAAAACACGCUUUUAAUAAUUUCUCAGGUCCGAAGGAUAUAUGGAACAUUGACAAUAGAAGAAAUCGCAACUGAGAGUUUUGCCGCGUUUCGAUUUCUCCAAGAAGUCCAUGCUCCAGGUUUUGAAAUAUUUUUGGCUCUCAAAAUAAGUUUUGAAUUCCAGAUGCAAGCGUUGCGGUUCGGAUACUAAAUAAUCGGAAAUUGAAGAAUCUAAAGAUUUUCCUGCCAGUUAUCGAGGUGAAUAAGGAAAAAGGGAUCAAGAUGCAAAUUAAGGUGAGUUUUCAAUCAAAUCAAAAAAAAAAGAACAGUAUCGAACCUAGGAGCGCCAGAGUGGACCAGGGAGUUUCAGCUUUAGGGGCCGUUGAAGUUUUUUUCUCUGUGGGCCACUUUAGCGUUCCUAAUAACAAAUAAAUAGAAUUGCAUAUUUGAAAGACCAAAAUAACGCUGAAAUGCUCGUUUUCGUUUCCCUGAUUUGAGUCAAGAACUCAAUAAAUCAGAAAUCGAUUUUCAGAAAAAUCCAUUGUUAUGCAAAGACAGCAACAUGCAGUUUAUCUACGGAGAUCAGUUUCAGUUUGAAGACAACUCUAACAUUGUCUGCUGUGGGUUUUUAGUGUUUUUAAAAAUUAUUUUGAGUAGUUUUUGUUAAGAAAGUUGAGAAUUUCCAAUUUCAGACGUGUCUCACAAGACUGUUGAUAUCAGUAGCGGCAUCGCUGGUGAGUUUAAAUUUUUUAUUUAUCUUUCGAAAACUUGAAGAGUGAAAAAAAAACUUUCUUGAAAAAAAAGAAAGAAAUGUCAUCAAUGCUAGUUGAGUCCAUAGAGCGCACUUUCUCUAUAUGGACUCAUUUUUUCGGAAAGCAUUAAAAAACCUGAAGUUUUCCAGCAACGGCGGUGUACUACGGUUGCAUGGCCGGCGGCGCUUUUCUGCUCUACGAAGUCUAUCAAUACACGAGACAAAAUCUGGUCAACUUCCAUUGA